AUGGCCGCGUCGCUCAAGACGGAGCUGCGCCGCCGCAUCGGCGCCACGCUAAAGGGGCUGCCGGAUGAGGAGGUAUUGGAGCAGAGCCGGCGGCUGGCCGAGCGCGUGUGCGCGCUGCCGGAGUUCGCGCGCGCCCGUGGCGUCAGCGUGUACCUGGAGAUGCCCAAGGAGGCGGCCACCUCGGGGCUGCUGGAGGCCGCGUUCGCCGCUGACAAGAAGGUGUUCGUGCCCAAGAUCACUGGCCGCUCGGCGGAGGACCUGAAGAUGCUGCAGGCGAAGUCCAUGGGCGAUAUCCGCCGCUUCCCCAAGGACAAGUGGCUGAUCCCGGACCCGCCUCUGCUGACGGAGGGUGGGGCACCGCGUGACGACGCCAUGCAAGGCGACGAGCUGGAGCUCGUGCUGCUGCCCGGCGUGGCCUUCGACCGGCGCGGAGGACGGCUCGGCCACGGGAAGGGCUAUUACGACUGUUUCCUGCGUCGACUGACGGAGUACUACGAUGCUAUCGGACAUGCGCCGCCCACCACCAUCGGUCUUUGCCUGACGCCACAGCUCGUGGAGCAAGUGCCGCUGGCAGCACACGACCGCAUGCUGGACUUGGUGGUGACGCCCGACGAGGUCAUCCGUGGCGAACGUUGA